AUGAAGCCCAACAAUCUGCUCAUCGGCCCAACAGGGGAGCUCAAGAUUGCGGAUUACGGCUAUGCUCGCCUUUUUGGCAGCCCCGACCGCAAGCUCACCCAUCAGGUGUUUGCGCUCUGGUACCGGGCCCCUGAGCUACUGUUUGGGAGCAAGGCUUAUGGGUCGGGCGUGGACGUGUGGGGCGCUGGCUGCGUGUUUGCUGAGCUGCUGCUGCGGCGGCCCUUCCUGCAGGUAUGCCCUACUCUGCACUGCUCUGCCACCCCUAGACUAAAGCUGCUUCUCAGACGACCUUUCUUACAGGUAUGCUCUCCUCUGCUCUGCUCUGCUACUCCUACAACCAGCAAGCUCACCCUCCAGGUGUUUGCGCUCUGGUACCGGGCCCUGGAGCUGCUGUUUGGCAGCAAGCAAGUUGACCCAGAGGUCCAAGAUCACCCAGAGGCAGCAACCAAGCUCACCCACCAGGUGUUUGCGCUCUGGUACUGCGCGCCUGAGCUGCUCUUUGGAAGUAAGGCAUACGGGUCGGCCGUGGACGUGUGGGGCGCCGGCUGCGUGUUUGCAGAGCUGCUUCUCAGACGGCCUUUCUUACAGGAAUCAAUCGACAUCGACCAAUUGGGGAAGAUUUUUGCUGCCCUGAGCACCCCGCGGGAGGACCAAUGGCCGGACAUGCAGUGCCUGCCCGACAACGUGCAUUUCAACUUCUUCAUUCCUCUUCCCCUUCCCAUGCAUCUCCCUUCCUCUCCAGGCCUUUCACUCCUUCCCCAUUCCGCUCUCCUCCCUUUGACACCUCUUCCUUGUGCCUCUCCUCCCUUUGACACCUCUUCCUUGUGCCUCUCCUCCUCUCCUCUCCCCCUCCCCUUCCUCCCUCCCCUUCCCCCCUCCCCUCUCCCCCACGUAUCUCAGGGAUCAAGUGACAUUGACCAAUUGGGGAAGAUUUUCGCUGCCCUGGGCACGCCGCGGGAGGACCAAUGGCCGGACAUGCAGUGUCUGCCCGACUACGUGCAUUUCAACUUCUGCCCGGCGCCGCCCCUCAAGUCACACUUCCCCAUGGCUGGCGAUGACGCCUUAGACCUGCUGUCUCGCAUGCUCACCUUCGAUCCGAACAAGCGCAUCACUGCUGCUCAAGCCCUGCAGCACCGGUGA